AUGUCGUCUCCGACUUCUGCCUCAGGCAAACGCAAGCGCAGCGCGUCCCAGACACUGUCCGUCCAAGUUCCAAAACCGGAUUUCCUGCAGCCCUCAUCGCGUGAUGCUUCGGGUGAAGACGGCGGUGAUGAGUCCACCGGUUCUGCAAUUCCGUCGCCCGGUAGACAACAGCAACUGCAAACAUCCGCAACCGGCGCGACCGGUGGUGCUGUGCCCACAGCCAAGCGGGCCCGCACGUCGUCCGUCUCCAAUGGCGCGACUGACGCGAAGCCGAACCAAGAUCCCGGCGAGCCGUCCGAGACGACCAGCCCGAGCAGCGACAUCGAGAAUGACGACGAGAGGGCAAUAGAUGCGAAGAGGAAGACGUUGGAGCCACCAGAGAGAGCGGGGUUGAUGGAUCCGGUUGGAUACUCAACAAACCCCCCGCCGGUUGGGCGGCCGAUCCGGGUGUAUGCGGACGGUGUUUUUGAUUUGUUUCACAUGGGUCACAUGCGACAACUUGAACAGGCUAAAAAAGCAUUCCCGGACGUGUAUCUCAUGGUCGGGGUUACAGGUGAUAGAGAGACACACGAUCGCAAGGGUUUGACGGUCUUGAGCGGUGCGGAACGGGCGGAAACCAUUCGUCACUGCAAAUGGGUGGACGAAGUGGUUCCCAACUGCCCAUGGGUCGUGACGCCGGAAUUCAUCGAUGAACAUCAGAUUGAUUAUGUGGCACAUGACGAUCUUCCGUACGGUGCGGCCGAGGGUGAUGACAUUUAUGCCCCGAUCAAGGCGCAAGGAAAGUUCUUGGUUACUCAAAGAACAGAGGGCGUUAGCACGACAGGUAUCAUUACUAGAAUCGUUCGUGACUACGAUCAGUACAUCUCCCGUCAAUUCAAGCGCGGUGCCUCGAGACAGGAAUUGAACGUGUCGUGGCUGAAGAAGAACGAACUGGAAGUCAAGCGCCAUGUGUCCGAAAUCCGCGAUAACAUCCGAUACAACUGGGCCUCGACAGGCCAGGAACUUGGCCGUGAAUUGCGUCAAUUCUGGCAGAGCCGGCCUGGCAGCCCGGCUCCCAGUGCGAGAAACAGCCUCGACUUGGGUUCGCGCGGUGUUACCAGCCCAACAGGCAAUGGCCCUAAAAGCCACUUGUCGCGAGUAGAAUCGAUUAGUCGUCCAGAGAGCCCAAUGGGGAAUGGACGUAACGAGGACUUCGCAACAGGCUAUAGCCUGGGACUGGUAGGGGGUGUUCGAGCGUGGAUGAUGCGCACUCGUCGCUCGUUGAUGGAGCAGCCCAGUCGGCCUCAGUCGCCAACAAGCGAGGAAGAGCACGAGACCGACCAAGAUGCUCGCCGCCGACAAUCAGAAACCCAUGCCAACACGCAUGCCAACACGGCACCAGUCCACUCAUAA